GGUAUAGCCGCGUAUGGAGAUUACAAAUUUAAUUAAACCGAACGUGGGAAUUGGCGGUUUUCCGCACGCCGCGCGUCCAGCGCGUCCCGUCGCAACAGCAAUAAUCACCAAAUUCUCCCGAGGCUGGAUCGCGAGCUGACCAGGCGGAGGACGACGGGGGAGAUCCGCGCGCUGGGCUCAGCUGGGCUAUCCAGUGAGAAAUGGCCGCCGUUCUGAGGAGAGAGUUCCGCACUGUGGCGAGCGCGCUCGCCGGCAACGGGGGUCUGCCGUUGCAUAUAGCUACACGGUCACUGACGAGAUCGUCGAUCCGAUGCGACAUCAGCGAGGGAUGGCUGAGCAAGCUUCUGGUAAGGAAGAUCGAGCCCACAAAGGAGUCGCACUCGCGGAUGCUCUCCGACAAGGAGGUCAUUUACGCGCUACACACCCAAAACAUACGGCCAGACUCGAUUGACAAAUACUUGGCCAACUAUGAAGAGAAUGUUAAUCUCAUACAUUCGAAGAAAUCUGAUUUGAAUUGUGAAUUGGUGGGUUCGUGGACAGUGGAAGUAGGAGACUUGGAUCAGGCUUUACAUUUAUGGCAAUAUACAGGUGGAUACGAAAGUAUAGAUAAUGCGCAAGCUGUGCUUUCCAAAGACGAGGCUUAUCUACGAUUGCAAAGGGAACGAGGGAAUUUCUUGAGAUCGCGCCAUUUACAAUAUCUGCUGGCGUUCAGUUAUUGGCCACCGAUAGAAAAAAGGAAAGACUCAAACAAAUAUGAGAUACGCAGUUACAGUUUGAAACCAGGCACCAUGAUAGAAUGGGGAAACAAUUGGGCAAAGGCUAUUAAUUAUAGACGCAACAACGACGAACCUUUCGCUGGUUACUUCUCGCAAAUUGGUAGACUGUACAAUGUUCACCAUAUUUGGUGUUACAAGAAUCUUCAAUCACGUAAGGAAACGCGCGAGAGCGCUUGGAGAUCACCCGGUUGGGACGAGUGUGUCGCUUAUACCGUACCCUUAAUAAGAGAAAUGCAUUGCCGCAUAUUAAAUCCAACUUCGUUUUCGCCCACGCAAUAAAGUUUUGCGGCGUUUUGAAUCGCGGGUACGAACACAAAUGCAUUUGUAUAUUAUACUGGUUAUUUCUUAUAUAAAUAUAUAUUAUGUACGGAUUGUAAUAUUGUGUAAAAACAUUUGUUAUAUGUAUACACUGUGUAGAUUUAAGUAUAUGAUCUAUUUACGCGCAUGAAAAGCUACAAAUUUUGUUGUAUUACAACUGGCAGGAUGUAGUUUGUUACCAUUUGACGUUAUACAUUAGCAAAGGCGACUGUUUAUAUAUAUUUAUAAAGUGUUACGAUUGAACGGGGAUCCGUUUGCGUCGUCCCUGUAUGAAAAGAAUAAAGCAACGCACACAUGAGAGUUGCUCCUGAAAUUUUUCAAUAUUUCCGAGCGGAUCUCCACUCAGUCGUGACAAUACAUAUAAAACACGCCAGUUUGUCAGAAUGUCAGUUGAAUCACAACGUACAUUUAUAGAGAGAGAAAGAUAUAAAGAAAUAAUCUUUAUA